UGCUGCUCACUGGAUUUACGGAUAUGACUUUCCAGAAAAUCUACUACUCACUGCGAGAUCUUUUUCCGAUGGUUGAUGAUCGAGCUCUUAGGGCUGUUGCCAUCGAUCAUAUCAACGAUGCUGAUGCGGCUGUUGAAGCAGUGCUUGAGGAGAUAAUUCAUUUCUUCACUGAAAGAUCUGCACCAACUAGUCCUUUGACUUGGAGUGCUAUUGCGGGCGAAUCAUCAUACGGUAGCUCGUCUGUGAGAACAAAGUUCGCUGAUCAAGCUGAUGAUGAUCAUAGUUUUUUUGUUAGUGGAAAGAAAGAAUCUUCCGGUUGUGCUGAUGUUGGGCUAAGUGAAUCUGUUGGUGAUGCAAGUGCAGGGCAUCUUGAUGUGGAAACUCAUGAUGACAUUCAUUCUCAGGCUGAAUCACUGGUGGUGGUAGGUGAAACUAGAGGGGGAACUUGUUGUAUUGAAGUUUUGGAAGACUCUCAAACAGAGAGAACAAUUACAGCAGAAGAUGAGACUUCAUGUAGUAGUAAUGCACAGCCGAAGAUGGAUUGCUUUCAGCAAAACAAAGAUGAUGCUGAUGGGAUUGCAUUAGAGGUGGAGGCGUCUGACAUCGAUGGGAGUGAUUUAGAUGAAUAUGAUGAGAGUGGCAUAGAUGAUUAUGAUGAGAAUGAAGAUGAAUAUGAUGAGAAUGGAGACGAAUAUGAUGAGAAUGAUUUAGAUGAAUAUGAUGAGAAUGAUUUAGAUGAAUAUGAUGGGAAUGAAGAUGAAUAUGAUGAGAAUGAAGAUGACGAGAAUGAAGAGGAAUAUGAUGAGAAUGGAGACGAAUAUGAUGAGAAUGAAGAUGAAUAUGAUGAGAAUGAUUUAGAUGAAUACGACGGGAAUGAAGAGGAAUAUGAUGAGAAUGAAGAUGACGAGAAUGAAGAGGAAUAUGAUGAGAAUGAAGAUGACGAGAAUGAAGACGAAUAUGAUGAGAAUGGAGACGAAUAUGAUGAGAAUGAUUUAGAUGAAUAUGAUGAGAAUGAUUUAGAUGAAUAUGAUGGGAAUGAAGAUGAAUAUGAUGAGAAUGAAGAUGACGAGAAUGAAGAGGAAUAUGAUGAGAAUGGAGACGAAUAUGAUGAGAAUGAAGAUGAAUAUGAUGGGAAUGAAGAUGGAUAUGAUGAGAAUGAUUUAGAUGAAUGUGAUGAGAAUGAAGAUGAAUAUAAUGGGAAUGAAGAUGAUGAAUAUGAUGAGAAUGAAGAUAAUGAAUAUGAUGAGAGUGAUUUAGAUGAAUCAAAUUUAUCCUCGUCUACUACUAACAGUACUUCCAGUGAGGAGCACCUGAUUGUUUUAGAUAAAUCAGAUUUAUCCUCGUCUACUGACAGGGCUUCCCGUGGGAAAAACAUGAGCAAUACUCUUGGAGCGGUGAAUGAAACAACCUUGAAUUCUUCCAUGUGUAGUCAACAUGGUACUAAUAUUGAUAACUUGGAGGAAAUCAUUGCAAAUGCAAGAAAUAAUAAGAAAACAUUGUUCAUGGAAAUGGAGUCUGUCAUCAACUUGAUGAAGCAAGUGGAGGUGAAGGAGCAUGCUGCAGAACAGGCCAAAACUGAAGCUGCAAGAGUGGAGAUGGAUUUGCAGAAUGAGAUUAAGGAGCUGAAAAUAACUAUCAAACAUGCGAAGGAGUCAAAUGACAUGCAUGCAGGGGAUGUUUGUGGUGAGAAGGUCAUCUUGACAACCGAGCUGAGAGACCUCCAUACUCGCUUGGUUUCCCUCUCGAAUGACAGGGAUAAAUCACUUGCAGAUCUUGAUGAGAUGCGUCAAUGUUUAGAGGUUCGACUAGCUGCUGCUGAGAAUGAAAUAGAAUCUGCAGUGGUGAAAAGAUUUGAGGAUGAAAAAUGUGGAAAGCUAUCCCUUAUUAAAGAGAAAUUAAUUAUGGAACAAGUGGUACAAGAAUCAAAGAACCUGAGACAACAGGCUGAAGAUAAUGCUAAGUUACAUGCGUUUCUCGUGGAUCGCGGGCAACUGGUAGAUACGUUACAGGGAGAAAUAGCUGUUAUAUGUCAGGAUGUGAAGCAGCUAAAGGAGAAAUUUGACCAGCGUCUUCCGCUUAGCAGAUCACUUUUCUCCACUCAGACGAGCUUCCUCUUAGCUUCUUCGAACUCAUCCUUGAAAAGCUCGGUCCAAGAUCAAGUGGAGGCCGUGGCAGUCAGAGAUGAUGACCGUUUGGAGACUGGAGAUCACAAAAAGGACCCUGAAGACGAACUAGCUAGUGCAGACCCCAAGGCGCUUGCAGAAGACGACGAUGGAUGGGUACUUUUUUGAAAGCCUAAUAGAGAGAAUAAUGUCCAUUCUCUCUAUAUGUUUUAGUAGGACCUUGGCUCUUUUAAAACCAUCUUAUUUAAAAUCUUUCUAGCUAUCUGAAUGUUAGUAUUUUUUUAUUUUUGGAUUUUGGAUUUUUGGCUUCUUAAAAUGUGAA